UUCGGAGCACUCAGACUGAGACGAUUGCAUUCUUGCCAGUCGCUUCCAGACAGUGCAAUUUGUGCCUGAGGAAGGUCUGUGUCAAGGACCGAUUAUUUUGUAAAGUAGAAGCUACUGAGGGAUAAAACCAUGUCUUGAUCGGAGGAUGCGGACUGCACCUUUUUAGCACGUACCAUGCACUUCCAUCGCUCUCAGCCUCCUUAGAGUCGUGUCAAUUCCAGUUGCCACUGGAGGCUUCUGUUGUUUACAUCCGUGAAAUAAAACGUUGACGAUUUGCAUGCGAACGUUUAACCUUUCUCUAAACGGAAGAUUGCUAUUUUUUGUGUGGUCUUUUGCAAUUUGUUCAUUGGAGCGAGCCAUACUGAUUUUGCUUGCUUGGACCUACUCCUUGGCAGAGUGCAAUGGUGGUGACGGCCUAUCUUUCUUCCAGAAGAUUGUCGCGAGCCACCUCUUUCCGAGGAGAAUUGGUGAUUUAAUUUUUAAUAAUUUCCUUUAAAAAAAAUAGACUUUGGAUACAAUGUUUCUGGACAUCGUCUUCAUAAUGCGUGUCGGGAGGUGCAGCUGUGAAAUAUGCAAGAAUGGAUUAGGCUAUUUGCUGAGCUAUUUGCUCUAAACGACAUCGCUUAAAAUGAAGAAUCUCAAGAAAAGAAAUAAAACGAUGACCUCAUCGCAUUCGAUGGAUUUCAGAUGUAUUUUAGUAUCUUUCUGUGCGUAAAACGAAAAUGUUUUUUGAAUUUUCACCGACUGAAGUGCAGACAACACAAAUGUUUUCUUCUGUUGUCUACCUAUGCACCUAUAGCAGAAUAUUUGUCACCAACUGCAAAUUCAACGGGGUGUAUUUGUUUUUGCCUGUGGUGUAAACAGUACUGGAAUCAAUGAGAUUACGGUUCACUUAAUGUUGGAUUAUCACGUCUCGUCAAUAGAGUGGCCGCAUAGAUGGCGAACACAAGUGAUCUGGGGGAAAGCAACCCAUCGCUUCAGAAUUAUGCUAUCACUGCCUCUGCGGUGAAGCUAGCCUCCCUAGGACUCAUCAUUUGCACCAGUUUGAUGGGGAACGUAUCGUUAUCCCUCCUGGUGCUGAAAGACAGCACCUUACACAAGGCUCCGUAUUAUUUUCUUCUCGACCUGUGCUUGGCCGACAUCAUUCGGACGACUGUUUGCUUCCCCUUCGUGAUGAUAUCCAUAAGCAGUGGUUCCAUCUGGGCAUACAGUCUAAUAAGCUGCAAGAUCAUCGCGUUCAUGGCAGUCCUAUUCUGUUUCCACAUAGCAUUUAUGCUCUUCUGCGUCAGCGUUACAAGAUACAUGGCAAUCGCUCACCACAGAUUUUACUCCAAACGAAUGACGCUGUGGACAUGUGUAGCUAUUAUCUGCAUGGUGUGGACCCUCUCCAUCGCAAUGGCAUUCCCUCCAGUGUUUGAUGUGGGUACAUAUAAAUUCAUUCGAGAGGAAGAACAGUGCAUUUUCGAGCACCGAUAUGUGAAAGCAAACGAUACCUUGGGUUUUAUGUUGAUGCUGGCCGUCAUAGUAGGCACAACGCACGUCGUUUAUAUAAAAAUGCUGUGUUUUGUCUACGAUCAUCGUAAGAUGAAACCCGCGCAGCUGAUCCCGGCCAUCAGCCAAAACUGGACAUUUCAUGGCCCAGGUGCGACAGGCCAAGCGGCUGCCAACUGGAUUGCAGGCUUUGGACGAGGUCCCACACCACCGACACUGGUGGGCAUCCGACAAGCGUCGCACAACGCAAAUCGAAGGCUGUUAGUUUUAGACGAAUUUAAGAUGGAGAAGCGGAUAGGGAAGAUGUACUACAUGAUAACGCUUGCGUUUCUCGUCCUCUGGUCACCUUACAUCAUUACGUGCUACCUUCGAGUGUUUGUCAAAGGCAGCACCAUUCCACAGGUCUACCUAACUGCGGCCGUUUGGCUGACAUUUGCCCAAGCGGGAGCCAAUCCAAUUAUCUGUUUCAUUUUCAACAAAGAACUGAGGAUGCGUCUUAGAGCCUGCUUUCCUUGUUGUGUGGGCACUCAGACACCCAUGGAGCCAUAUUGUGUCAUCUGAGAAACCACGUUGAUAUAAUAUGGGUCUGAACUGUGUGAUCACCCCCCCACCACCACCACCACCACCCUUCUUCAACAGUGCACUCUAUUUUGGAUUUUAAGGGUGGUGAUGAUGGCUCCACCUGAUUAAUGACUGACUGAUGACUGAAAUAAUUUGAAGAUGUUUCUCACAUAAAUAUAAAUAUGUAUGUAUAUUUGUUUGGAGAUAAUUGUUGAAUUGAACAAAGCAGUGUAUUAUAAUGUAAAUGAUGUACAUUGGUUUUGCUUUUAUCUGUUUCUAUCGCGAUUAUAUUUGAUAAAAAUCUUGGUAGAUUUCGUUUGUGUUAAAAUAUCAAACCUCAACUUUUGCAAGUGUAUGUAUCACAUGAAUGAGUAUGUGGAUGACUCCCGCUCACAUUCCCUUUCCAACAGACCCACAUCUCUUUUUUUCGUAUGAUCAAGGACUGUUUGGCUCCAUAGGUCAGUGGCAGUGUCGUGAGGAGACACUUGCAUUGUUUAUACUGAAGAUGAAAUAAACCAUGACUGAUUAUUCAUCGGUUGUUCACUGUUUUAAUUUAACAACCCAUGCAGUGUGUUAUAAUUUUGUAUUCGGUCUAUUGUAUAGCUGUCACUGUUUGGUCAGUGUUUACCUUUCCACUGUGGUUCCCUGGCAUUGAAUACGUUUUGGAUUAAGACAGAGUUGGAUCAACUGUAGUGGAGAGGGGCUGCCCAGUCUCAUGUGGACGUAAUCCCAUCUUUAAUCUGCAGUGUUUUAAAAGUCCUACAAGUCCACACAGUGGUAAGGGGGUGGUAACAGGAUGAUUCGGGAGCCUCAGCCAAGUGUGUUCAUCAUAAUUGACAGUGUUGCUGUCAUGCUAGACUACAGGUGUGGAGAUGUUCAAAGGUACAUUUGUUGUAAUGGAAGUGUCACAAUGUGCAUGGGCCUACUGUGUCCUUUUGGCUGCCUGCUCAGGAAACCUAAAUGCGAAAAAAGAAAGUCUGUUUGGUUUCAAAACUUUCAACACGGAUCAUUAUGACAUUUUGACCAUUGUAAAUAGCUCAUCAGAUUUCAAUCUAAGUUGAACACAAAAGGAAGAAAAUAAAGUGAUGAUUGAUUAUUGAUCUUGGAGUAAAACUGUGCUUUAAAUUAGUGUCUGUGUUUUGCCAUAUUAUGCUCAUCAUGACACUACAAGUUCAGCGAAGCCAGCGGCAAACAACAGUGAUUUAUCUAUUGACUAGAGUAGCACAACCUCAUUGUACUGAACUCACAGUUCAGCGUCAAAUGGAACCUCACCCAGUCCAUUUUGUCAAACUUAGUUGUAAACACUCCCCACCACUGAUUGGUAUCAAAAAAUACCUCAUUACUUUAAUCUUCAUCAGUGUGACAUGAGUAGAAAUGGAAGUCAGUGCACUAAUUGGAGCCCUUUGUCUCAAUGUCCCUGAUUACUGCGCCCAAAGCUUGGGGCGUAGUGGGAGACUUCGACGCUGUGUCUGCUACUGAAAAAAUCCUCCCUGUUUGUUCCAACUGCCUAUAACGUGUUUGCCUGAUCAGUCGUCUGUGUCUGCUGCGACACCUAGAAGCAAGUGUCUAGCUGCUGCUACUUCUGAACACAUGAACACGGGCAGAUUUGACAUGACAAAAUACUUGUGUUGAAACUCACCUGUGCAUUUUAUUAAACCAAGUGUUUCAACUCCA